AUUCGGGAGAGACGAUCAUCAGAUCAGAUUAUUCCCCUCUCUCUCUCUCCCCGACAGCCCCCCUUCGUGUCUACCUGUUGAAAAGAAUGGCGGACAAACCAAGCAGAGCACUUGUAUUGUACGGAGACGGCUUGGCUCGAUCCGUCGACCCGUCAAAUACUCACAUCUAUUCUCUCGCUUCCGUCGGUACCUGCGGCUUCUUGAGCCUUCCUCAUGCGCCUCCAGCAGAAACAGAGAACGAAAGAGUAGUUCGAGAAUUUUCCCAUUUGCUUGAUGCAUCAGAAGCUUAUACUAUAGCUAAUGGAUUAAAAACUAAGGGAAGUGAAAAUGAUAUCUCUACUUUGUCCGAAAGGUUUAUGGGACUCAAGGCUGCUUUAGUAACGGACACUUCCUCUCUGACAUCUUUCGGAAAACUGAUUGGCUUAGACGUAUUACAACUCAGUGAAAUAUCCCAAAAGAGUGAUGAUGAUUCCUUUCCUUCUGAUGCCACGGCAACUGAAUUACUGAGGCUGCUUGGCUUCGAAGGAGGAAAGUGCUUAGAUGUGAGCCUAUACGACUCCGUUUUUGUGCAUAUAGGUGGUGGUGAUGAUAACGGGGGAAUGAUCGACUCUUUGAUUGGUAGUGUUAUGAGAAUGGCUCAGCCUGGUUCAGAGAUUGUACCUCGCUUGCAUCUCUCGCUUGUUCUUAGCUACGGUUCCGUUACGGACAAGGAUGUCUCAGUUUUUUCUGUCAAGGCUCCACGAGAAGGUGUUAACCCGGCGUUUCAAGGACUAGUCCCGCGUCAGAGCUACACCAUGCGAGGUGAAAAGCCACGAGAUGAUGUUCGGGACUACUGCCCAAUGUUGGUAGCUCAGUGGCAGGAUGCAGUGACACGGAAAGACUUGGUUGAUACAUUAUCUUUCGAAGCUCUGAAAAAGCUCUCUGGAAACCUUGUUAUACCGGCUGAUCGGUUCAUCCACGAAGUUGCUUUCAAACUUUGGAAGGCCCCAAAAUACGGAGCUUGAGAAAAUAAAACGGUAUUUUUAUUGUAAUCAUCUAAGUCAUGAUGAAUAACAAGCUCUUUCCACUGUUGAAGUUGAGUGUGGAUUAAUCCCCUUGGCAAAGACACUUUGACUCUUUUAUAUCCAACUCAGAGCUAGUACUUUUAAAUCAAAAUUAUCCAAUGUGUACACACAAUAAUAAUAUUCAAAUUUUUGAUGUCAUUUAGACA